AUGCUCAAAGAGGUGAUCUCGGUGGCGAUCGACUUCAACAAUGCCUUGAACUCGGCCACGUCGGUGCCGAAGGUUUUGGAAGAGGGCUAUGAGGCGCUCAUGCCGUACAACAUUCGGGUUGGGCCUUGCUUUUGGUUCAAGAUGCUCGAGACCAAGCUCUCCGAGCAGAUCCAAUUCCGGAACCUCAAAGCGUACGUUGCAGCUCUGGCGCCCGACAGCACCGAGGCCGAGGCGAUCAAGUCUUUUGACAAGACGGACGACUUGCGUGACUUUGUUCACACAGACGUCGAGACCAGGAUGACUUCGUUCUUGUCCAGCGACGAUGUGUUGAAGCCAGGGUCGUGGGGCCGGGAACAGGUAGCCACUUUGGCUUCGGAGAUUUGCAGUGCGUAUGAUGAUGGGAAUGACCUUCUCUCAGAAGUGGUCUUCACCGCCAAGCUGCUCAGGGAUUUGUUACAGGUCUCUGACCUUGGCGCCAUGAGCUCUGCUUUGGAAGAGUUGCAGAAGGCAGAAGGGAGUCAGGUCCUUGAGGACGGCGUCGUUCUGUUCCUCCAGAAGCACAAAAUCGGCAUGGCCCUGAUUGCCGAAUGCAGUAAAAAAGUGGAAGAAGGUCAAACUCAACUCAAGGGCGAACUCUUCGUGUCGAACUUGCAGCAGAGUCUCAGCGAGGUGGCCGAGAUUGAAAGCGAGAUGACGGGAUCAGCCAUCACCGAGACGGUCAGCCGUUUCUGGGCUAUGUCCUCGACUGGCGGCAAGGACGGCAAGGCCGAGAAGCAGCUGCUGCAGAAGCACAGGCUGACGGUGGAAAUGCUGGUGAAGGACUUUUGGCGGCUGGUGGAGUCAGGUGUCCACACCAUGAUGUCACGCACGCCGCUGACAUGCCUCGAGUCGGUUUCGGAGGAAGUGCUGUCACAGCAAGGCCAAGGCAAAGGUGAUCACGAUCCAAAUUUCGAUUUGAAUGACAUCUUGAAGCACAUGGCAUGCGGUCAGAUCCUCCAGCACGAAUUUUGGUCCGAAGUUGGCAAGGCUUUGCCAGCCAGUCUCAAAAAAGACAUGGAGCGCUACUCUUCGCUGGUCUCUGACCUUGAUGGACUCAUCAGGUUUGUGUUUGGCACACACAAGAUCGGCACAACCCGUGUGCCCGAUCCAACUUCUGAUGAACUCAAGAAGUGGACUUCGUGUGACGUUCUGCUCCGUGCCUACGACCCAGAUGGACAAGCCGUCGAGAACUUGAAGGACAUGUUCGUGAAAAUCGCCGCCGACACGCUUCACGAGAAGUCCAUAGCCGCUUUUCGUUCAGUGGGUAGCAUGGUGCAGGGCUGCAUCGCUUCGGUUUCAGACCUGGACAGAAUGGCUACCUCUCUGCAGGCUGUGAAGGAGCACACCAUGCUCGGAAAGGAUGGCCCCUGGUCUUCGAUCCUGUCUUCCUUGCUCGAGGUCGCCAAAGAAACAGGCAAUGCUGUUCUUAAAGACGCCAGUUUCGGUGAUAUCUUGGCUGCAGCUGAAGCCCAGAACAAGUGCAUGCAGCAUGUCAGAGCCGCAGCAGCAGGAGACCAGGCCAAGGACCCAAGGUUUGUUGCCACAAGUCUGGGCUCGCCAGAGUUUCAGGACUGGCUUGUGAAGCUGGGGGCAUCACUGGUUUCAAAGCUCGUGGUUCGAAGCUCGCCCUUUUUCGACGAAGUUGCCGAAACACUGGCAAGGAGUCAAAAGCUGUUCAAGGAUUUGCCAACGUUCGCACUCGGAACGGAAGCGGAGUACAGGGAGGCAAUGUCGGGGCAUCAUAAGAGUUUUGCUUCACUUGGAACAAAGCUCCGGCAGCUGGCCCAGGAAGCUGCACAAUGCAAGAAAGCAAUGGAGGCGGCCUUUAAGCCUGGUGACUCCGACGAUGCUUCGGCUUCUAGCAUGGUUCGUUUGAAGCUAUGCUCGGAUCAAGCAACUGCCUUCGGACAAUGCAUGGUCACACACCUGACGGUGUUUGCCACUGUGACCUUGCUCCGAAGUCCAGUCAUCGGAGCGAAGAGCGACGCAGGGAAGAAGGUGGCAAAGAAUUUGCAAGACUUGCUUCGCGCCCUGUUGGAGAAGGAUUUGCCAGCGACCCCAGCCCACGAACAACUUCCCAAGGACCAGGCCGUGAAGCUGUGCAAGGACAGCGCGGAAGCGGCCGUGAAGGCCACGUUGGGUAAGUGCAGUUUCGACGUCGCCGAGAAGUUGGUAAAGGAGGGCGACAACAACAACAGCAACAACGUCUCCGACGGUGGUGAAGGCCGUGUUGACGAGGACAAGCAGGCGGAGGUGCAAGCUCCAGAUGAGGUUGAUAACGACCGUGGUGUUUUGCUUGAUGCUUUGGAAAAGGACCUCUACCGCGAGGACCCGCAGCCGGGCCGUGUGCCACCUCCACAGCCAGUCACGUACGCCGAAGAGGCCAAAGAGAGCAAGCAGCACGAGGAGGAGAAGGGAGACCUCUCGGAGGCUGGAGAGGGGCCAGUUGGCGAGGCCAACCAUGGAGACUCCACAGAGCCAGCAGCUUCCGACCAGGAGAAAGAGGAAGAGGAAGAGGAACAGCGUCACGGAGCUAAGCCAGGCAAGGCACCAGAGCCAAAGACCAAGCCGAGAGUGACAGGAGAUAAAGAAGUUAAAGAGUCAGAGGAUGUCGGCAAGAAGAAGCAAGAGCAGAAGGACAAAAAAGUCACCCAGAAGAAGGACAAAAAGAAGGAGGACGACAAGGAGAAGGAAAAGACAAAGUCGAAGAAGAAGGACAAGAGUGACAAGAAGAAGGGUAAAAAGAAGGAGGAGGAGGAAGCCUCGCCAGCGGAUGCAGCACCCGCUUCUGCAUCAGCUGCAAAGUCGGGAAAGCCCAACCAUCCGAAGAAACGCAAGCAGGAAUCUGAGGCAGAUGAAGAGGAAGAGGCUGCAGAAGCUGACAAGGCGACCUCCGCCAAGGGUCGGGGUCGAGGUAGAGGUGGUGCCCGGGGCAAAGGCGGCCGCUCGGCUGACAAGCCCCAGGGCAAAGAGACGAAGGUGAAGGAUAUCGACGUGAAGAGCAAAGCAAGCUUGGCAUCGCUCUUUGGCAAGAAGAAGAAGACAGGAGUGCUGCGGGUUGCGGUGUCAAUGUCAAUGUCCCGCCCCUUGAAGCCCAGGGCGACGAUUGAUCCUGACAGUGUAGAGCGAUGGAUGGAAAAAGGGCGUGAAAGAGAGAUCUCCGCAGAAUCUUUGCGGGACGGCACAUGGCUGAUCCAGGCUGCAGCAGAGAAUGCCAGGACUUGUGUUGACAUGGCUGGACGCCCUCUUUUCCCAACUCGGUCUCUGACCUGGGGUUCUUGCUGCAGUGGGUCAGAAGGAGUGCGGUUUUGUUUCGAGGCCUUGAGUCUGCUUGCACGCAAACUGGGGUCCAACGUGACUUUUGAGCACCUCUUCAGUUGUGAAAGCAAUCCCGAGAAGAUGCAGUGGAUUUCCGCUGUCACCCAGCUGGCUGGUGAAGUCACAGCUUCCAUCGCAGAGGACUCUUCCACAGGUGACCGUCCGCCUGAGCCUUGCCUUUUCUGUGACAUUUGCGAGCUUGGACGUCCCCAUGCGGCAUGUGCGGCCCACAAGGGCAAUGGGGUCUCUCACCACGUCCACGGAUCGGAGAACAAGAUCGACGAGGUCUCUGACCGUGACAAGCUUCCUGAAGGUCAUUGCUAUGUGCCUCAAGUCGACAUCCUCGUGUUGGGCACCAGCUGCAAGGACAUGAGCCGAGCCAACCAUCCCAAGUCCUCUGCCCGAGGAGGUUCUCAGAACUCCCAGUCGCUGGUUUUGAGCAUGGAAUCCUCGAAAGGAGGCUCGGCGCAAACCUUCCGAGGGAUGUUGGCGUAUUGCGAGAAGAGCAGCCCGGCCAUCGUGAUUUUCGAAAAUGUGGAUGCUAUAGAUGACCGCCAGGGUGGCAGCAGCAAUCUCGACAUCCUCUUGGCCGAGAUGGGGAACCGCGGCUACGAGAGCCAGGUCAUCAUGACCGAUGCGGCAAUGAUGGGGCUUCCAGCCAGGAGACGACGAGUCUACAUCGUGUUUCUGAAGAUAGCUGGCAACUCGCUCGUGGAGUUUGGCGGCUCGAGAUCAGUCUCAUCGAUGUUUACCACGCUGCGUGCUGUUAUGUGCAGCUGCUUGCGCAGUCCAUGCUGUGCUACCAAGAUUUUCUUGCCCGCGAAAGAUCCGUCGACGGUGGCCGAGCUGGAAAAUCGCAGGUCAAAGCGAGAGAAGGCCACUGAGGCGACCAAGAAGGGCUUGCCGCAACCUCAGACUUGGAUGGACCAGCAUCUCGCUUUUGCCAAGUCCUUGAAGUUUCGUUGGGGCCAGGCCAUUCCGGAGGGUCUGAGGGAGAACGCAUGGUUUCUAACCUUGACUGAACGGGAGAAGGAUGCUUUGCGCCUGGCGAGGGUCCAGAAUCCAGCCUUGCUUUUCCGAGACCUGUCUCAGUCCGUUGCACGGGUCAACAGCAACACAGCAAACGAAGAAGGCCACAUCCUCCCGACACUUCUUCCGAAGAUGUUGCUGUGGUGCGAGAAGGAGGCCCGGAUCAUGCUUGGUCGCGAGGCUUUGAUGUGCCAAGGCUUUCCAGCGUUGCCAUUCUUGGCAGCUCUGGAUAAGCAGCGGCCUCAGGCCGGGACCUCAAGUGCAGAUCGGCCUCCGGCCUGGUACCCAGGAGAAAUUCUCAUGGCAGACCUCGCCGGCAAUGCUAUGGCAUUGCCCGUGGUUUUGGCCAUCCUCCAGUCCACGUUUGUGGCCUUGUCUUGGAAGGAGGAGGCAGCAGAUUCGCCGCCACGCCUACGCAGAACCAGAGCGAUCAGGGACGAGGCCAUCGUUUGCUUUGAUUUUUCCGUAGCAUUGUCA